AUGGCUGAUAAUGGCGCCGUAUUUUAUGUACUACGCAGCAGACAGCAGGCACAGCGUGAAACCCUGUCCCAGAUUUUGUUCAGACGGAAAAACGAAGAUAAACUAGACCAGCCGGACAAUAAGAAAUUGGCCAGGGUCCUCAAUCUGUUUGACCUGACGUCACUUGGCGUCGGGUCAACGUUGGGCGUGGGCGUCUACGUGCUUGCCGGAAUCGUUGCCAAUACAUUAGCCGGCCCGGCCACGGUGCUGUCAUUCGUUUUGGCUGCCUUUGCGUCGGCUAUUUCAGGGCUAUGUUACGCAGAAUUUGCAGCGAGAGUCACAAGAGCUGGGUCGGCCUACGUUUACAGUUACGUUGGCGUGGGCGAAUUCGUCGCGUACAUGAUCGGAUUGAAUCUGAUACUCGAAUACGUUAUCGGUACUGCAAGCGUCGCAAAAGCUUUGAGUAAUUACAUCGAUGCACUGCUUGGCUACCCCAUAAGAACCUGCAUGAUGUAUUUACUCCCCAUGAAUGUUAGUUUUUUGGCAAGCUACCCAGACAUUUUGUCAUUCAGCCUCGUGCUACUAUUGUCAUUUUUACUGUCAUGGGGAGUUCGCGAAUCUGCAAUGAUCAACAACCUGUUUACCAUCGUUAAUUUAUUGACCGUCGGCACGGUCGUGGUAUCCGGAUUAUUUAAAAUUAACUUUCACAAUUGGAAUAUACCGAAACAAGAUAUCCCGAUGAGCGCGAAUGGCGGUGAAGGCGGUUUCAUGCCUUUCGGGUGGACCGGAGUGACCAUGGGGGCAGCCAAAUGUUUUUACGGGUUCAUCGGUUUCGACUCCAUAGCUACUACGGGAGAAGAAGCGAAAAACCCAAAACGUGACAUCCCGUUGGCGAUCAUACUGUCGUUGAUCAUCAUAACGUUUGCAUAUUGCUGUACCAGUUCGGUUUUAACUCUGAUGUGGCCGUAUUAUGAUCAGGACAUCGACGCGCCGUUCCCGUACGUGUACAAUCAACUUGGUUGGACGUCGAUGAAAAUUAUUGUUUCAUCCGGCGCUAUAUUUGCUAUGUUUGCCAGUCUCUUAGCGAGCAUGUUCUCGAUGCCCAGGAUUCUGAUGACUAUGGCCGAAGACGGUCUUAUGUUCAGCAUGUUCUCGGACACUCACCCGACGCUUAAAACACCAGUGACGGCUACUCUGGUGUCAGGUCUAUUCGCGGGUAUUAUCACGAUGUUUUUGAACCUCGAUCAACUGAUGAAUAUGAUGUCAAUCGGAACGUUGUUGGCGUACACGAUCGUGAGCGUUUGCGUGCUCUUGUUACGGUACAGAAACGAUCCGAAUGACGACAAAUUCGUGAUAAAUCAGGGCGACGACGAACCAGAGACCGGUGGUUUCGUCAAGAUGGUGGAAAGGUACUUAAACCUGUCCAACGUUGACAACUGUAACGAAGAUACCGAGCGCGUGGCCACGACUCUUACAGUGUUGUACUUUUGCACGUCCGCGCUGUUUAGCUUCGUAACCGCACAACAAGAAUGCGUUAAGACCACCCAGCAAUGGUGUGACGAGGACGACAGAAACGCCACGGUUUUCCAACCCGGUUGCGUGGUAAACACCAACAACGCCACAACGCCAAACUUCGAACAAGAGUGCAUCAGAAACAGCAUCGCGAUGUACACGAGUGUUAUUUUGGCUAUCGGGCUGGUGCUUCUGACGUACUUACUGUCCAGACAGCCCCAAUCGAUGAAAAAACUUUCGUUCAAGGUCCCUCUGGUUCCACUCACACCGUGCAUUAGCAUCUUGUUGAACUUUUACUUGAUGAUGCAACUUGACGGAAACACCUGGAUCCGUUUCAGUAUUUGGAUGAUAAUCGGAAUUUUCAUAUAUGUAUUUUACGGCAUGAAUCACAGUGUUGAGGGCCUAAAGCGGAAAGGAGAACCGAAAAUCAGCCAGUCGAGCUCCGUAGAGCUGAAAACGAGCCCGCCAAGCUCCGCAGAGCCGGAAUACGAGUAUUAUACCACUCAUUUAUAAUUAAAUAUUCUACUCUGACUCUUCUCCAAUCAUGACUAAAACUAAGAGUCAAUACGCCGAUGCUAAAGUCUGGUGAUCCUUACAAUGUUCUUAACUACCGACCCACCACAAUCCUUUUAACGUUUCCAUCGGUAUCCCCCUCAAUCACAUUCCAGAGCAACACCGGCCUAGCUGGAACUACUAUUUUUAAUAUUAUAUUUUUACAAUGGGAUUUUUUUUCUAUAUAUAUAGUUAACUUAUGUUAAUUUGUCUAAAAUUAUUAUUGUCAGUAUUAUCAUAGAUCAUGUACUAUGGAUGUAGCAUUGUUGUAGCCAUCAAGCUAAUUCUUGAUGUCACUAGAGCCCCGACUGUGCAUAAUUCUGGUUGGUCAAUC